CAAUAAAAGAACGCUCUGAGCUAAUUUUCAAAAUGGUGAAUUAAAAAACAAUUGACAAUCGUUAACCCCCCUAUAUUAUUAUAGAAGAAUCAAAUUUAAAAAAUUUGCAUUUUCGAUAUAUCGAUUGAACGAAUCUCGAUUCUAUUGUUGGAAAGACAGGAAAUUUCAAUGGUUUGAGUGCUUCUGUAGCGGCUAGAUAGAAAUUACGAGAUUUCAGUGUCAAUGAAUGAAGUAUAUUUAUUGUGGCUGAAGUAUCCAUGUGAUUUUAAAUACUCUACAAUGUUCCAAUUCGGACCUAUUAAUCAUCAAUCAUCACCUCCUAUAUUUGACGAUGGUUAUUGUUACGUACGUUCUUCCUCAUCUGAUGGCCUCGUGUAUGUUAAGUGCCACGAAAAAAAGAAGAGUAAUUGUCGAGCUCGAGGAUCCACAAACGGAGGACCAGUUACAUUAACUAAAGGUCACAAUCAUGUCAGAAAUUAUGAUACUCAGUUUAUUUACAAUUUCAUGUUUGAGCUCUAUAGAACUGUGUCUACGAGCCUUCGUAAUUUACGUUUAAUUUACGAUGAUGUAAGCGUGAGACAUGCUCGUGCAUCUAUAUUGGUACCAUUUGUUGUAAUCGUAAAAACAAUGCGAAGCUGGCGCAAAAACAAUUGUCCUCCAUCUCCAAAGUCGCUUGAAGAAUAUGUUUUACUAUUAAAUUCGGCUCGCUGGAAAAAUUUUUUUAUACCCAACGGCAGCAAUAUUACUGUUACUCAUGUACAUGGAACAGACGGAUCACAAGCAGUUGUCUUUGUGGACUCUAAUCUACUGCUUAAUUUUCAAACUGUAGAUCUUUAUGUAGAUGCCACAUAUAAAGUAUGUCCACGUGAGCCAAGUAAAAAAAUUUAUCAAUUUUUCACUAUAAUGGCCUCUCUUAACGAUACGGUGCUUCCAGUAGCUUGGAGUUUUAUGUCAAAUAAAAGUAAACCUUGUUAUGCUGCAGUAAUUAACCAUUUCGUUCAGUUAACACCACAUUUACGGGUAUUAUCGAUAACGUCUGACUUUGAAAUCGGACUUUUAAAAGUAUUUAGGGAUUUUUACCCUAAUGCCAUUAGUCAUGGUUGCUACUUUCAUUAUGUUCAGGCACUGAUGAAGAAAGCGAAAAAAAUUGGAUUGCUAGAAAAAUUGAGGGAAUGGGAAGAUGGAAAAGAAUAUUUUAGAAAGCUGAUUGGUUUAGCUUUUCUUCCUGCAAACCAAAUUCAACAAGCAUUCGAUUAUUUAAACGAUCUGUACGCUGUGUUCCUCCCACACUUUCAAACAUUUUUGACUUAUUAUAAAUCCUAUUGGAUAAAUAAUAUUAAACCUGAAAACUUCACUAUUUAUAAUAUUUUAAAUAGGACUAAUAACUUUGUAGAAUCAUAUAAUCGACGUUUAAAAGAUAAAUUCGGAAUUCAUCCUCGUAUAUGGCAAUUUACAGAAUUGUUGAUUAACCACUAUACAAUAACUAAAAAUGAAGUCGAGUCAUUGAAAAUUUCUCAGCUAGUUCGACGCUCUCAACGACCGCAUACUUUAUUCAAAAAUGAUAUAAUUUUGAAAGCAUGGGAAUUAUAUAACUGCAAUGCUCUUGAUGUUGAACAUUUUCUACAAUGUAUUAGUCAUAUAGUCCCUGUACUGGAAAAUGGAAACUUAAUCAAUAGUGCUGCUGAAGUUAAUAAUUAUAUCAAUAUCCCGUUAAAAAAAUUUAGUAAUUGCAGUGAAUGGAGAAUCAUAUAUUGCAAUAAACGAAGAUCAGCUUGAAAACGGUGGGGAUUUGAUAAUUUAUUCAUUAUAAAAAUGUUAACAUAAAAGCAUUUUUAUAAUAAUUUUUUAAUGUUCAAUUUUUUUAUGUAUCUGAUUUAUUGAGAAUAAAAAAUAUCUACAGAAUUUUGUAUUGAUCAUUUCUUAUGCGAUAGAAAUUGUUAUAAUAAAAAUUA